ACAACAUCCGGCCAAAACACGCCCAAAAAUAGCAGAAACCCACCAAAACAAAACGACAACUAAACGUGGACCACUCAACUACUUCUUGGGCCUGACCGACAAAGCGACAAAGAUGUUGUUCUCAAAGAACGUAAAGUCUUCGGCUCACUGCCUGCCCAGCCCUGAUGGCCGAUACAUCGCGACUUUGUUCCCGACAUUGAUCAAUGUCCGGAGCGUCCAGUCAUGGGAGCCCAUCCACGUUGUCAGACUGCCUCAGGACUUCAUUGGCCCGUUCCUCUCUUUUCAGUGGUCGCCGUCUUCCCGCCUGCUUCUCGUUGCCAGCGUCGACCAGAUUCGAGUGUUUUCUGCUCUGGAUGCGAACUAUCAUGCCGCCAUCCGAAACCCUGUUGCUCCCCAUCUGAAGCCUACCUACGUUGACUUUGGCGCCUCGGAUACAGAAAUCUGUGUCAUGGCCUCAUUCGGCCUCAAGUUUGCCGUCUUUGACCUUACCUCGUCCAAGGCCACCGAGAUCGGGAGCCCCAAGUUCUCGUCCUCCACGGCUGUCCGCAGGGGUUUCUCCUUUCGCCCUCAGUCCAACCACCUUGCCCUCCUGACCAGGACAGCUGGUAAAGAUAUGAUUAGCAUCCACGCUUUUCCCAGCAGGGAACUGCAGAGAUCGUGGGCCCCUGACACUAUUGAUGCACAAGGCCUGCUCUGGAGCCCAGAUGGGAGGUGGUUGGUCGUGUGGGAGUCGCCUGCCCUUGGCCACAAGGUCGUGUUCUACACGCCAGAUGGCAACCUGUUCAAGACUUGGUCGGGCCCCGUCAACCCCACACAUGAGGAGAAGGAUUUUGCUCUGGGUGCCGGUGUCAAGACGGUGCAGUUCUCUCCAGAUGCCCACCUGCUUGCUAUUGGUGAUCACAGCCGAAGUCUAUCCAUCGUCGAUAUGACAUCCACCAUGGAAGUGCUGCGGCUCCGACAUCCCGACAAUCUUGUCCCAAAGGGCACGCAACAGAUCUGGCAAGAACGAAUCGGAAUCUCUCACGGUCCUAUCAUGCAUACCUUUAUCCGAGCCUCUCAAGCUGUCUCUCCGCCUCCGAGGCCCCAUGAGGCUGCUGAACAGCUGUCAGGUUGUGCUACCAUUGCCUUCGACCUGUCGUCGAAUCUCAUAGCAACCAGGAUCGAAGAUUUCCCUUCGACUGUCUGGAUUUGGGACGUACAAGCUGCAGUACUUCGUGCAGUUCUCCUUUUUCACGGGAGUGUCAGCACCCUGUCGUGGCAUCCCCACGUUCGCGAGACUUUACUCAUAAGAUGUGAAGGAGACCACUAUAAUAGUGUCGUGUUUGUCUGGGAUCCUCUGUCCGAAGGGCCUCAAUCGGUCGAUUUUAGCCAGCAACUGUCCGGGUUUAAAGCAGUUGGUAAGUGGCAUGCCUCGUGGCUCGGUCUCGACCCAUCAACUCCCCUGUCUAUUUUCUACUCGGAUACCCAAAACUACGUGUUGGCAUCUCUCGCCGAUUCGGACAGGGACUCUCUGCCGUGGAUUAAUCCACGCAACCCACAAGGCGGCGACGGCCCGAGCCGCGCUGAAUCACCCCUUGAGCUCGUUCCAGCAACAGCAGACAAAGCAGACGAAGCAGAUGCUUUACAGACUGGGGAUGACGGUGACAUGGUAAUGGAGGACACAUAUGGCUACAAGCGAUAGGCGAUUUGUGCGAAUGGUCUUAUACAACGAUCUCCCGUACCUGCCCGCAUGUGCCUUGGCGCUUGUGCACUACCUACAGGAGAUGUCCUAGAUAUUUCCAGGAUACCCGACCCGGGAGUUUGGCCGAUGUUCCAGUUCUCGUUACUGGCUACUUGGGAGCACGACGGACCAGCCGCCAACGUUGUUCAUGGGUCUGUCAACCCUCGGUACCAUGCUGUCAAGUCACUGUGACAGGAUCCAAGACGCACCGCUUGGACAAAUUAGGCUUUGGGCCCA